AUGUCAACAAGGGACGCGGUGACCCGAGUGGACAAAGACCAUCCCCUCCCUGGUGUUUACGACAACACAAGGAUCUCGCGGCAGACCUCCUUCGGAGUUGCGGUGCGCGUGCACGCGACGUCGCACGCGGCAUCGAGGCGCGUUCUCGACGUCGCGGUCGCGGCGUUCGAGCUGCUGGCGAGCAUGAUGGAGAUUCCGCUUCCGCUCAACAAGGUCGAUUUCAUCAUCGUACCGAACUACGAUGGCGGCAUGGAGAACUGGGGUCAUGUACUUCUGUCGGAAAACCUUGCCAGUUCCGGAGAUGACGCUCACCUGAGUUACGUGGUCGCGCACGAACUCGCUCAUCACUGGAUCGGCGGCAAAUCCACUGUGAAUAGUUGGCGAUGGAUCUGUCUACAGGAUAAUCGUUUUGGAAGCGAACACAAUGACGUGGAGAUGAAAGAGAUGGCGUUCGAGAGUAGCGAACGAGCGAUGGAGAGGCAGACGACGAGAAGCAGCUGGUCGCGAUGA